GUUCCUGGUUGAUUCCUUCUUGGUUUUUGGUGGGUUCCUUCAUGGUUCUUGGUGGGUUCUGCUCGGAUCCUGGUGGGUUCUGCUUGGUUCCUUAAAAAAAAUGAAAAAAGGAAAGAAGAAACAUAACACGUUUAAGUUCAAAAACUUCACUGAAAGGAUAUCUGAUGUUAAAAUAGACGUGUACCAACAUCUUGGUGUGCAAACUCAUGAGGUACCUGAGAAUGACAAAGACACAUUUUUUCGAGAAACAUUGGAAAAGUGGUCUGAACUGAAUUGUUCCCUAGAUUUUACAGCAUUUUACCGUGAAGUGAAAGGUUUUGUACAAAGUUUUAAUCAGUUGGUGUUUCAUAAAGAAGCUGUUAUUGAAUUGUUAAAAAAAUACCUCAUUAAUCCUGAGUCACUUGCAGUUGAGCCGAGUUUGGACUUGUUGGCACAAUUAUCAAGGGAUUUAUUGCAAGACUUUUAUCCAUACUUUGAGGAGUUUUUUUACUUACUGUUAAACUUCCUAAAGGGACAAGACACUGCUUUAAUUGAAAACACCUUUACUUGUUUGGCACAUAUAUUUAAAUUUACAUGGCGUUACAUGAUUACUGAUCUUCCAAAUGUAUUCAGAAUUUUUAAAUGCCUAUUUUCAAGUGAUCAAAAACAACACAUUCAAAUAUUUGCUGCAGAAUCAUUUGCCUUUCUACUACGAAAAUCCCGAAACAAAUCACAGGUGUUUGAUUUUCUUUUUCAACAACUGUCAGAUGAUGAAAGUCUGGCUGAAGGAAUAGGGUUUCUUAUAUUUCACACAACAAAAGGUAUUAAGCAGCAAUUCAGUUCAAGUGCAAAAGAAAUUUUCACACUGUCCUUGCUGUCAUUCACUAAAGAAUCCAUUAAAAAAAAGCAGGCUUUAACUGCUGUAAAAAGUUUACUGCGCUUAUCACUCCAACACACUACAGAAGAGUUCUGCGGAGUUGUGUUUGAUUCGAUAUAUAAAGCUAUCGAUGACGAAGUGAAUAAAGAAAAUAGUCUUGCACUAUCUUACUAUGCGUUGGUGUUAAAUGAAUGUGUGAAGUUUAAAGAUGGCAAAUACAUUGCAGCCCAAGACAAAAUAUACAAAGUUAUGCUGGCAUUAAUGUCUUCAGGUGAUUUCUCAGAAGAAAUUACGGAAAUAUCCAUAUCAAAGUUGUUAACAUCGUUUAUACAUUAUUCAACUUCAGACAUAUCAGACAAAGACCUAACAGCAUUAUGCUAUACUUAUGUAUUUAAAGAUCAAAUCAGUGUAUCAAUCAAAUUACAGUUUUGCUACUCGAUUUUUACAUGGGUCAAAUUUAAUGAAAUUGUUUUAGGCACUGUGUUAGAAUAUGUGUCCAAGAUUCUACUGUCCAAGGAUGAAAAUGAGCAUUCCUUAGCAGAACAAAAAGUAAUAGCCAUCCAAUUUAUUGCUGAUUUCGUCAGCCAAGACAAAAGUUUAUUUACACAGCCAUUUAAGUUUAGCAACACUGAUUUAAUUGUGUUUCAUCAAGUUUGUUACACAAAAAAAACCGUAGUGGAUAUAUUGAUUGAUGAGCUCAGUACUGAAUCAUUGGACUCAAAUGUUGAGUGGAUUGGAGUUAUUGCUAUAUGUCUUUGUCAUUCCAGGUUAUCCCACAAAGAAGUCAGACGACUUAAUCCUAUCCUUGUUAAAAUUGUAAAUUGUGGAUUUGAUACAAAGAGUAAUUUAUCUGAUCAACAGUUGUUUACAUUGGCAUAUGUAAUAAAAGUAUUGUGUAAAGUUGUCUCUGACAAGAAUGAAAUAUGUAGAGCUAUUCCUGUUAAAAAGAUGAUCAACUUUUUGAGAAAAUACCCACAAAACGAAAACGUCUUGCAAUGUGCUGAGCUAUAUUGUAGUACAGUGAAGAAUUCUUUUAUUCAAGACAACUUAUCCACAAUACAUGACAUUUUGAAAACAAAUUUAUACUCUCCAUUUCGGUUAGUGAGGUUAUUGACACUGAUGAUUUUGAAGCACAUAUCUGAUAAUAUUGAAGGUUAUGGCAGGGUCAUAUCUGAAACGUUGCAAAUAUGCACCGAUGCAGAGUUGGUAGAUGUUAGGCUAGACACAUACAGGGAUCGCUUAAUAUACCUGAGACAACUUCAGUUCAACAAUUCAGAGGGCAACCAAUUCCUCUACGAAGUUGCUUUGAGAUAUCUAGUUGGUAACUUGUUUAUAAACUUCAGUAUAAUUUGGGAUCAUGUAAUUGAGGUGAUCAGUUCUCAUGCAGUUGAUGGAAAUAUUGCAUUCUGGGAUAUUUGGAGGGAGAUUUUGCAGGAUGCAGCUCAGAAGUGUGAAUUUCCUCCAAAACUUAUUUUGAACAUACCCUGCAGUAAUAAAACAUUCGAAAAGUACUUCAAUUUGAUGUGGACCAGUCGUAAAAAUGAAAGACCAGAUUUUUUAAACUUCAGAAUAUUAGUGUGGAAAGCAAUGUGUUCAUUUCCUGGUGUUGCUGAAAGAAAGUCCCGAGAUAUUGUUCCACUGUUUUUUAACUUCAUGACAAACGAAUAUGUACUGUCUGACGAAAUUCUGUCUGAAACUCAGGACAUUAGAGUGGAAGAGGACAUGUUACUUAAAGUUGCUGAAGAAGAAAACCAGGUGACGAAUGAAGUUCAUAAAUUGAAAGGAUUUCGCAAAAUGAAAUUAAAAUCUUUAUGUGCUCAUUUAAAGCUUUUUGGCUUGUUUAAAGAUCCUAAAUCAAUAAGCAAAGAGAAGAGACUUUUCCAGAUUUAUUUAGAUUUAUUAACAAAUAAAGACAACGAGGUACAAACCUUAGCCUUAAAUUGCUUUCAUACAUACAAAUUUCCAUACCUGAAGCCCUACUCGGAAAAUUUGGAUAAGCUCAUGAAUGAUUCAACAUUUCGGGAUGAAUUAACUUUAUUUUCGAGUAACAGUGAAUUGUUACAACAGGAGCAUAGAGAAAAGUUGAUGCCAAUUUUAAUUAGGUUGUUGUAUGGUAAACUACAAAGAAAAACUGGACUUGGUAACAGUGGAAAGUCUUCCCUCUCAACUCGAAGAAAUAUUAUUAUGCAGUUUUUAUCAAAUUGUGCUGAUACAGAAAUAAAAACGUUUAUCGAUUUGAUUAUGAAACCUUUCUUAAAUAGACAAGAAUUGACCAUUACAGAUAAAGAUGCUUCAAUCGAUUUAUCUUCUAUUGUUCCAAUGCGUAAACAAACUGGAUUUCUUAACAUGCUCUCAAAUGUUAUUUCUCGUCUUACCAAAAUUAUUUCGCCAUACUUUCAUGUUUUAUUCAGCACGUUACUGAAGCUAAUAUGGGAAUGUUCAAUGUGCUUAAAAGACAAAAAAGACAUGAUAAAGCCCUCAGUAAUUGGAAGGCUAAAAGAUACAAGGCAUCUUGGUAUAAUGAAAUUGGUUGAAAUAUUUAAUCUUCUGCCAGAGUUCGACUACCAACACUAUAUUGAAGAAAUAUUUGCUGCAGCUGUCUGGCCCCAGUUGAAUCAAAUGGUUAGUGAUUCUGUACAAAAUGCAACGCCACUUUUUCACUUGGUAAUAACUUGGAGUAAAAAUAAUCGUUUUCAUCCACUACUGUGCAAAGUUAAUGAUAAAGGAAUGUCGCUAGUUGGUUGUGUGUACGAGAUGAUAAAACAACCUUCGCUAAGCAAUGAAAUGGAAAAGGAGAUUAUGUUGAUUUCCAGCAACUUACUUAAGGCCAGUAAUUUUGAUGAAACUGGAAUGAAUGGAACAAAAAUUGAAACUGAAUCAAGCUUCACUGAAAAGGAGAGAUUGGGUAUCAAAAUCAUCAAACCUUACGUAUCAGAAUUAUUAAAAUAUCUCAGUAAUGCUUUGUUAACAAACACCAAAAGAUUUAACUUUCGAUCGAAGCAAAAAAUUGGUCGCAUUGUACCUCCUAUACAAUUAGCUGUGUUAUCUAGCAUCAGCGAGUUUGUCACUGAUACAGGACAGUGCAAUGUUUUGAUAAAAAUAUUAUUUCCAUUGCUGCAGUACAUUGAUGGAGAAGAUACUCAAUUGCAUAUUGUUACCACAAUCAAGAAUCUGCUGCCUUUUGUUGAAUCGACUGAGGAAUAUUUGCAAUUAAUCCCUUGCUUGUUUUCUGUGUUUUCUGCACGUGUUCCGCGUGAGGUAUUAUGCCAAGUGUAUGUGGGUAUGUCAAAAAACAAUGCAGAAAUAUCAAAAGUUGCUGCUUUGGUGAACGAUUUAAAUGCAUGGGAUCCAAAGAGAUUGGACGAACCUGACUAUGACAGAAGGCUACAAGCUUUUCGAAAUAUCAAUGCAUGUGUUGAGUCAAAUUCCUGGUCGUGCAAGCAAGUCUUACCAAUUAUGUUUAAUACAUUGCACUUUAUGAUCACCACAGACGACUUGUCACUUCGAGACGCCUCAUCAAGUUGCAUAGAAAAACUUCUUCAUUUGGUUGUACAGAAUAUGGAUGACAUGUUUAACGAAGUUGUUAUGAAGACUCUGUUGCCAGCCAUCAAGCUAGGACUGAAAAGCAAAAAGCAGGCGACUCGCUUGGAAUUCAUCAACCUUUUGUCAUUGGUUGUUAAAACAUUUGAUAAAGAUAGUUUCAACGACAUGAAGUUUUUGUCUUCCAAUGACCCCGAAACUGAUUUCUUUGAAAAUAUAAAACAUAUUCAGGUGCACCGAAGAAUACGUGCUUUACAUCAGUUAUCGAAACUCUGUGAAGACCAAAAACUUUCUGUUUCAAACAUGUUCAGUUUUCUCAUUCCGAUGAUCAGUCAUGUUAUAUUCGACAGUUUAGCAACAACUAAAGAUCACAAUCUACUCAGUGAGACAAUAACAACAAUAGGCUCCAUUGUGAAGUGCUUACCAUGGGCAAAAUAUUCUCACAUAUUGAAGAAUUACUUGAAAGUGAUGAGGAAGGACAAACGUAAUCAAAAAACUAUAAUCAGGGUUAUUGUUGUCAUCCUUAACAACUUCAAUUUCGAUUUGUCGUGUCUUAAAGCUGAUGGAGAUCAAGUGAAAGCAGUCAUGCUUCAACCAGCAGUAGAAAAGACCACUGAGAAAAAAAUUGAAGAAGAAAGUGGAGAAUAUGAUGAUGAUAAUGAUGAGGAUGAGGAUGACGUUGAUGUUGAGUGGGAAAAUGAAACUAUUAACAAGGGGAUAGAUAGACAAAGUGCUGCAAUUGAUGUCGAAGCAGCUCAGCGUAUACACAAUGCACUGUUGUCGAAGAUAUUCCCGCAACUUCAAUUCUUUUUAAAAAAGAAGUCUCGCAUUGCUGAUUUUCACAAGAUGAGUCACAAUAAAGAAGAAGAUGAAGAAGAAAUUAUGAAGGUUCCAAUGGCGCUUGCAAUGGUGAAGCUGCUACAACAUUUACCGAAAGCAACACUGCAUGUUCAUUUACCAGGUUUGCUGUUACGAGUGUCUCAAGCACUUCGAAGCCAUGCGCGAGAUGUGAGAGACAUGGCACGAGACACAUUAAAAAGAAUUUGCCAAUCACUGAGCGCUGCAUACUUUCCAAUGGUGGUAAAAGAAAUGAGGAGUGUUCUUUUGCGAGGUUAUCAGUUGCAUAUACUCGGCUAUACUCUUCAUUCAUUGCUGGAAUCCAUGCAUGACAUGUUAGUGACUGGUGAUUUGGAUAAUUGUGUGGAAGCCAUGAUGGAGGUUGUAAUCGAGGAGCUUUAUGGUGAGGUUAGUGAAGAGAAAAAUGUUGCUGGUAUCACUGGUAAAUUAAUGGAAGCGAGAUCGCACAAGUCGAAUGAAAGUCUAGAGAUUAUUGCUAAAUUUGUUUCAAGUGGCUGCAUAGGGAAGGUUAUCACACCACUAAAAGGGGUGCUUGAAUCAACACAGAAUCACAAAACAAGUCGAAAGGUGGAAGAAUCUCUGCGCCGUGUUGCCUUAGGCUUACAAAAUAACAAAGGUGUUCAAGUAGAAGACUUGCUAGUAUUUAUCCAUGGAAUCAUCUCGAACACUCUCCCACAGAUGCUAAAUAAAAAGGAAGACGGUGAUCAUAGCGACAGGAAGGAGGGUGAAUACGUUAGAGAAGAUAUCUACCUUGUCCCUGAGAUACCCACAAGAGGAGGUAAGCUGCCAGGAGUAAGCAAGAUAACCAAUGAACACGUUGUCAUGGAGUUUGGACUGCAGCUACUUCAUACUGGUCUUAAACGACAGAAGUUUUCACGCUCUGAUGAUACUCAUGUAAAAAUGCUUGAUCCGUUUGUGAGAAUCCUUCUGUCAAGCAUUACAUCAAAGUAUAUCAAAGUUAUCAUUCUCACCAUGCGAUGUAUCUCCUUCCUGAUCAAAUUUCCUCUUCCAUCGAUGAAAGAAUCUGCCCCAAUACUAGCUCGACAGUUGUUUAAGAUUUUGAAGAAAUACGCCAAGGCGGGCGCUGGUAAAGGGGAAAAUUUUGAUCUUGUGAUGACAUCAUUCAAGACAAUGACGGUUCUCAUUCGUGACUAUGAAGACAUGCAUGUAACCAACAAACAGCUACAUUUACUGCUCUCCUUCGUAGAGGAGGACAUAUACGAUACGUCGCGACAAUCGACAGCAUUACCUUUGCUAAAAGCUAUUCUCUCGCGCAAAUUAGUCGUUCCAGAGAUGCAUGAGGUGAUGGCGAAGAUAGCUGAAUUAUCUGUUCGAGACAGUGAUGAUGUCACUAGGACGCAAUGUAGACAGCUUAUGCUACAGUAUAUGUUGGAUUAUCCUCUGGGAAAGAAAAUUGUCCACUAUUUAAAUUUUUAUGUGACACAUUUAAGUUACGAGGACUUAGUUGGAAGAUUAUCAACCUUGGAAAUGCUCUCGUCAAUUGUAAAAAAUUUUCCAGAACGUAUGAUCCUCGAAUAUGCUGGUUACUUUUUCAUCCCUCUUGUUAUGAUGUUGGUAAACGAUGACUCGACAGUUUGUCGUAAGAUGGCGGCAGGAGUAGUGAGAUUGUUAAUACAGAAUAGUGAUUCGAAGAUCAAAGAUCAACUGUUUGAUAUGGUUGUUACAUGGUCCCAACAAGAAAAGAUCCUACUCAAGCAGGUAUCGCUGCAAAUAGCUGGCAUGUUCGUUGAAGCAGAAGGUCAAUCUUUUCAACGUCGUAUUGAUUCGAUUUUACCUGUGAUCACAUCUGCACUACAAACUGGCGUGGAGGAUGAUAACAACGAUGAAGAUGAUGAGGAGGAGGACGGGCAAGACGCUGUCGGUAACAAUAAAUCCGCCGAUAAACUGCUUCAUAAUGCUCUCACCUGUUUGGGGAAGAUAUUCAUGUUACCAGAAUUGUUGAUGACGAACUCGGAGUAUUCUACGUCAUUGAUCUGUCUUUGGGAGUUGAUUCAAGACCUCUUACUACAUUCACACGUAUGGAUUCGUCUCGCUGCCUCUCAGUUGUACAGUUUAUAUUUCGCCUCAUCUACACCAAAUGAACUGGUAGACUCAUCUGAAUCAUUGAGUAAACAAUAUCUUGCUGUCGAUUUAAAAACAAAGGUAAAAGAGCUUUGCUCCAACUUCUUUACACAAAUGAAAGAUAUCAAGUUAACUCCAGCAAUAGCAGAACAAGCCACUAAAAAUUUGAUUUAUCUCGUCAAAGUGGUAAAACUGAUUGACCCGUAUUUGCUGGAUGGUACACAGCAAAAUGACAAUCGUGGCGAAGAUGAAGAAGAAGAUGAUGAUGGGAAAGUUAUCACUGUCAAAACUUUAGUAACGAGAAUGAAUCAACUGGCAAGCUAUGAAUCCUCACACUCACCCAAACAAACUGUGAAGAGAACAUGUGUAUUUCGUUGGAUAGCUGCUUUGUGUUUGGACUUGCACGAAGAGCAGUUGUUGAUAUACUUGCCAGAUUUAUUAAGACCUGUUCACCGUGAACUUACCACCUCUAUCAACGAAGAUUCUGACUUGUUCAAAUUAGCACAAGAAGUGAUAGAGCUGAUUCGUGGCACGGUUCGUAAAGAUCUUUUCGCUGAAGUGUAUGCCAAGUUACAAAAGAAAGUUUCAGAAGUGAAGGAAUCAAGAAAAAGAAAGAUUGCAAUGGAAGCUGUGUCGAAUCCCGAGAAACAUGUUUUACGUAAACAAAAACACAAUCUGGCUAAGCGAGAACAACGUAAAAGAAAACUGUACGAGCAAAAACCGUCGUUGAUGUUUAAAAAAAUCAGAAGUAAACCCGAAUCGUGAGAUGAAAAACGUCUGUGAAGGAGAGCAUACAGAGGAUAUGCGGAACUGUCAAAUAUAUGUGAAGCAUGGGAGAGAUUUCUCGAUGAAGUAUAGAGAUUAUUGCAGAUGUUUUCACUUAUAUUUUUAUAUGUAUAUUUGUGGCAAUUUCUUUACUAAAAUAAAUGCAUAUACUCCAUUUAAUACA